AUGUCACCAUUCACACAACUCCAAACCGCGCUGGGGCACAACCACGGCUACGGCAACGGGAUCGACAAAGACUUCUCACCGAUCCUACACUACAUCGACGAAUUCGACCGACACUUCUCACGUCGUCACCGCUUCAUGAACUGUUUCAUCCCGCGCUUCGACCUCGAGGAAGACAAUCGGAAUUAUUACCUGUAUGGUGAUAUUCCCGGCGCGACGGCGAGUGAGAUUACAGUUGAGGCCAAUGAUGACCAUACGCUGGUCGUGUAUGGGAAUACUAAGAGGCCCGGACCGGAAAGGGAGGGCGAGGUGAAGGGGGAGGGAGUAUCGAAUCCGACUCCUGGAUUUCAGGCUGCUUCGGUGCGGGAACAGGAACAACAAACUUUCGAACCAUCACCACCAACCCAACCAGCACCAGCACCAGCACACACGCAUCACCAGCGACACCUGACCUCCAACUCCGACCCAAACCCCAACCCAACCACCAACCACGUAAUCCUCCUCUCCGAGCGCCUCACCGGAGACUUCCACCGCACAUUUGCCUUCCCCUGUGCCGUCGACGAGAAAGGCGUGAAAGCUAGUAUGGAAAACGGGGUGCUGAGUGUUGUAGUUCCGAAGAGGGAUGUAGUGGAGAGGAAGAAGAAGGGGAUUAAGAUUCCGGUUUUGAAGGGUGGGUGGUGGAGGGCGGAGAAUGGAUUGCAUGGGGAGAAUGAGGUGCGGGGAAGGAUGGCGACGAGGGUUGGGGGUGUGGGUAUGGACCAGGGGAAUGCAGUGGCGUUUCGGGGCGAUGCGGUCUGA